AUGGAUCAAUCUAUUGAAGAUGCCAAGACUCUGACUAUCAGGGUGAUCGACCAUAUGUGUAAAAUCCCCUCAGAACAGGGAUGUGGUUCAAAUGAAUUCAAAUCAAUCAUUCACCUUUUUGACAGGAGUUUUUUUGCCAUUGAGAAUUCUAGAAACGUAGUGGAAGACUAUCGUCUUUGGAUAGCUACAAAAAUUUUAUCAAGCGGUGAGUAUCCACAGUGUCUUACUCAGAUCUUUACUGACUUGGGAGAAUAUUCUUUCGGAUCUCUGAGUGUUGAGAAAGAGUCUUACGAUGAACAGUACAUUGAAUUGCUAUCAUCCUUUCAGUUGACCUUGUGCAAUUAUCUUGAACUGAGUGAAUUACUGGCAGAGAAAAUGUCAAUGCAAGAUACUUAUUUGAGUGAAAUAUAUCGUAUUCAUCAGGCUAUAUUGUCUUACGACGGAACUUGUGAUGAGAAAAAUAAAAUCACGUUGGUGGUAGAAAUAGUUUUAAAAACCCUUUAUAACAUGCUCCAACACGAAAGCCCAACCAUACGUUCUGCCCUCAAGAAGCAUAAUCUCACAGAUAUUGUUACACAUUAUGCAAAGUCCACGAAUACUAAUUUGCAGGUUUGAGACUAUUAGCAUCUAAUGAUCAAAACAGACAGUCCAUAUGUCAGUCGGCUAUACUACAA